GCGGCUGUGUCUCCUUCGGCCACAUCCCGCGGCCGGUGCGCCCGCCCGGCGCGCUGCGCUACGGCGCCGCCGCGCAGCCUGCCCCAGCCGCCGCCGCCGCAGCGGCCCCGCGCCUCGCCCCAGCGGCGGGGCGGUGGAUGCCGAGCCCUCCUCGCCCCGGCAGCCAGCGGGCAGCUGUCCUGCGGCCGAGCCCCUCGGAGCCGGAUCGGAGCGCUCGCACGGACGCGGGGACAGCCGGGCGCUCACGGGCGCACACGCACGCCCUGGGGGGGGGCAAGCCGAAGAUGCUGCAGCUGGGCAAGGUCAGGACCUUGCGGUGAAGCCGGGAGCCGACGCUCGCCCCCCCCCGCUCCCCCCCUUCAUUCUUGCUUAGCGGACUGAGGAUUUGCUGCUGGGUUUUGGUUUAUGUUUGGGAGCAAGCAGGCUGAAUCGGCGCCGAUCGAAACUAUGCCUGUGCCAGACCAGCCCUCGUCUUCUGACAAGACAAGUUCCCUUAGUCCCGUGUUGAACACGUCCAAUGGUGAUGGCUCUGAAACCGAGACAACCUCUGCCAUUCUAGCUUCAGUCAAAGAACAGGAACUGCAGUUUGAGAGACUGACUCGAGAACUUGAGGCUGAACGUCAGAUUGUAGCGAGCCAGCUGGAGAGAUGUAAGCUUGGAUCAGAAACUGGAAGCAUGAGCAGCAUUAGUUCAACAGAAGAGCAAUUUCACUGGCAAACACAAGAUGGUCAGAAGGAUAUAGAAGAUGAACUCACCACUGGUCUGGAGCUGGUGGACUCCUGUAUUAGGUCGCUGCAGGAAUCAGGGAUACUUGACCCACAGGACUAUUCAGCCAGUGAAAGGCCCAGCCUCCUCUCCCAGAGUGCACUCCAGCUCAAUUCCAAACCUGAAGGAUCCUUCCAGUACUCAGCCAGCUACCACAGCAACCAGACCCUCGCCCUGGGCGAAACAGCGUCCGCCCAGCUCCCGUCCCGCAGCAGUCAGCCCAGAGGUGCCAUCCAGAACUACAGCCAGCAGGGCCCGGGGGGCCGCGGCGCCCACCCGGGCGGCCCGGAGCCGCCGCCGCCGCCCGCCGCCCCGCAGCCGCGGGAGCCCUUCGCGCCCAGCCACGGCAGCGCCUUCCACCUGCCCGAGCCCCAGCACGCCGCCGCGCUCUACUACGCCAGCUCCACGCUGCCGGCGCAGCGGGUGAGCUCCCCGCUGCCCGCCCAGCCCGGCGGCUCCCCCACCAAGCUGCCGCGGGCCGGCUCCGCCGCCGAGGGCGCCGCCUACGCCACCGCGCAGCGCCUCUCCUCCCCGAAGCAGUCCCCCAGCCGCCUGGCCAAGUCCUACAGCACCAGCUCGCCCAUCAACAUCGUCGUCUCCUCGGCGGGACUGUCGCCGUCCCCCAUCCGAGUGACCUCCCCGCCCACCGUCCAGUCUAACAUUUCCUCCUCUCCUAUCCACCAGUUAAGCUCCACCAUCGGCACUUACGCCACCCUGUCGCCUACCAAGCGGCUGGUUCACGCUGCCGAUCAGUACAGCAAGCACUCCCAGGAGCUGUACGCCACCGCCACCCUGCAGAGACCCGGCUCCCUGGCAGCUGGGUCUCGGGCAUCUUACAGCAGCCAGCACAGUCACCUUGGCUCCGAGUUAAGGGCACUGCAGUCUCCAGAGCACCACAUAGAUCCUAUUUACGAAGACAGAGUUUAUCAGAAGCCCCCUAUGAGGAGUCUCAGCCAGAGUCAGGGGGACCCUCUGCAACCAGCACACACAGGCACAUAUCGCACUAGUACAGCCCCAUCUUCCCCUGGUGUCGACUCCGUACCCUUACAGCGCACAGGCAGUCAACACGGCACACAGAACGCAACCGCGACCUUCCAGAGGGCCAGCUAUGCGGCCGGCCCAGCCUCCAAUUACGCAGACCCCUACCGACAGCUGCAGUAUUGUCCUUCUGUUGAAUCACCAUACAGCAAAUCUGGGCCAGCCAUCCCACCCGAAGGGACCUUGGCUAGGUCACCUUCCAUUGAUAGCAUUCAGAAAGAUCCCAGAGAGUUUGGAUGGCGGGAUCCAGAGCUUCCAGAAGUUAUACAGAUGUUACAGCAUCAAUUUCCCUCAGUACAGUCGAAUGCUGCAGCCUACUUACAACACCUCUGUUUCGGAGACAAUAAAAUAAAAGCAGAGAUAAGAAGACAAGGUGGAAUACAAUUACUGGUGGACCUGUUGGACCAUCGGAUGACAGAAGUCCACCGUAGUGCCUGUGGAGCUUUGAGAAACUUGGUAUAUGGGAAGGCAAAUGAUGACAACAAAAUAGCUCUGAAAAACUGUGGUGGUAUCCCAGCAUUAGUACGGUUACUCCGCAAGACUACAGAUUUGGAAAUCAGAGAACUGGUCACAGGAGUUCUCUGGAAUCUAUCCUCCUGUGAUGCACUGAAAAUGCCAAUCAUCCAGGAUGCCCUUGCAGUGUUGACCAAUGCAGUGAUCAUCCCUCACUCUGGAUGGGAAAACUCUCCACUCCAGGAUGAUCAUAAAAUACAACUCCAUUCAUCACAGGUGCUGCGCAAUGCCACUGGGUGCCUAAGGAAUGUCAGCUCUGCUGGAGAGGAGGCCCGCAGGAGGAUGAGGGAGUGUGACGGCCUGACAGAUGCAUUGCUGUACGUGAUCCAGUCUGCUCUGGGGAGCAGUGAAAUUGACAGUAAGACCGUUGAAAACUGUGUGUGCAUUUUGAGGAACCUCUCAUACAGGCUAGCUGCAGAAACAUCUCAGGGACAGCAGAUGGGAACAGAUGAACUUGAUGGAUUACUCUGUGGUGAUGCCAAUGGAAAAGAUGCAGAGAGUUCAGGGUGCUGGGGGAAGAAGAAGAAGAAAAAGAAAUCACAAGAUCAGUGGGAUGGUGUAGGACCUCUCCCAGACUGUGCAGAACCACCCAAAGGAAUCCAGAUGCUGUGGCACCCUUCAAUAGUCAAACCCUACCUCACACUUCUUUCUGAGUGCUCAAAUCCAGACACGCUGGAGGGGGCAGCAGGGGCACUGCAGAACUUGGCUGCUGGGAGUUGGAAGUGGUCCGUGUACAUCCGCGCUGCCGUCCGCAAGGAGAAAGGACUGCCCAUAUUGGUGGAGCUGCUCCGGAUAGACAAUGACCGGGUGGUAUGUGCAGUUGCUACAGCUUUACGAAACAUGGCCUUAGAUGUCAGAAAUAAAGAGUUAAUAGGCAAGUAUGCCAUGAGGGAUCUGGUCCACCGACUGCCAGGCGCUAACAACAGCAACAGCUCAGCAAGCAAGGCCAUGUCUGAUGACACCGUUACUGCCAUUUGCUGCACCCUGCAUGAAGUCAUCACUAAAAACAUGGAGAAUGCCAAGGCCUUACGAGACGCAGGCGGCAUUGAGAAACUGGUUGGCAUAUCUAAGAGUAAAGGAGACAAGCAUUCGCCUAAAGUGGUGAAAGCAGCAUCUCAGGUCCUCAGUAGUAUGUGGCAGUACAGAGACCUGAGAAGUCUCUACAAGAAGUGGGCGUCCCCAAGCUUCAGUGUGACUGAUGACAGAGGAUUUUCACCAACCCACGACUCUGGGUCAUGGCACGCUCAGCAUACUCUCUCCCAGAGCCAAGAAACCAGAAUCUAUUCCCCAACCCAGGAUGGAUGGUCACAGUAUCACUUUGUAGCCUCAUCUUCAACCAUAGAAAGGGAUCGGCAAAGACCGUACUCCUCCUCCCGCACGCCCUCCAUCUCUCCCGUGCGCAUGUCUCCCAACAACCGCUCAGCAAGUGCCCCAGCCUCACCUCGGGAAAUGAUCAGCCUAAAAGAAAGAAAAACAGACUAUGAAUCAACUGGAACUAACGCCACUUACCAUGGAAAUAAGGGAGAACACACUUCUAGGAAAGACACCAUGACAGCUCAGAACACUGGAAUCUCAACUUUGUACAGGAAUUCAUAUGGUGCGCCUGCUGAAGAUAUCAAACAUAACCAGGUUUCAACACAGCCAGUUCCACAGGAGCCCAGCAGAAAAGAUUAUGAACCAUAUCAGCCAUUUCAGAAUUCAACAAGAAACUAUGACGAGUCCUUCUUUGAGGACCAAGUGCAUCAUCGUCCGCCUGCAAGUGAAUACAACAUGCACCUGGGACUAAAGUCAACUGGCAACUAUGUCGACUUCUACUCAGCUGCUCGUCCCUAUAGUGAACUUAACUAUGAAACAAGCCACUAUCCAGCCUCUCCCGACUCCUGGGUUUGAGACUUGGGCAGAUACAAAAGCUCCAGGAACUGUGCAUGUGCAUGCAUACCACGAGACAUUUUUUUUUCCUGCAAAUUUAGUUUGUUAAAGCCUGUUCCAUAGGAAGGCACAGAUAACCAGUAUGGAAAAAAUUAAGAGAUUUUUUUAGAAGGCUAAAAGAAAGCUAAACCUGGGAGUAAUUAGACAGAAAUAUAUAUAUACAUAUAUAUAUUUUACAGUGUGGGGCAACUUUACUGUUGGCCUGUAGAGUCUGAAGUUCAGUGCUGUAUAUUGAACGUGGCUGAAGGAAGGAGGAAGAACAUGACAGUGGAUCUGGGUCAAGAGUUAAGCACAAGUUACUGAGCAGCGUACAUACGUUAUGGGGAACAGCUUCUCACACUUUGUUUAAUAUCCUCAUUCAUUGUGAAUCUAGGCUUCAAGUUGCAUUUGGGGUUUCCUCUGUACAGCAAGAUGUUUCUUGCCUUUUGUUAAUGCAUUGUUGUAAAGUAUUUGAUGUACAUUACAGAUAAAAAAAGAAGGUGCAUUGUGUAUAUUACACCAAUGCCACAGUGUUUCUUCAUCUAUGGUUCUAAAUAUUGCUUCAAUUUCAAAUUUUGAAAGAUGUAUGAAUUUCCAGUUCUUUUGUUUUCUUUUCCCCGGUGCGUUUUAACAAAAAAAAAAAUCAAAAAAAAAAAAUCAAAAAAAACAAAAAGGAAUAUUUAGCAGUAUUGUUUGUUCUGAUAUGUGAAUUUGUUUGUGGCAACUCAAAAAAAAAGGCAUUCAGCAGUUUCUGACAAUUAACAUUCAUCAUUCCACACUCCUUGUCAACAAAGUGCUUUUUCACUGCCUAAAAUUUUAGAUGUAGAUAUUUGAAAUAGAUUUUUUUCAUUUAUACCAGUUUUCUUUAUGAUGAUACAGUGUUAAAAGAAAAUAAAUUACAAUUGAUCUGUCA